AUUCUAUCUCUAUCUUGCUAAGAGUAAUGAUACCAAACUGGAUUUCGUGGCUGGACCGGUAAGUAUGCAAGUUUGCUUCAACUCGAAUGAAAUACAGACUUGGGAUGAAAGUCUAAGAGAAGUGAAACUGAGGAUUCCAGUCAGAUAAGAGUUGGUUGACUUUGUGGGAUUAGCCUUCCUUUUUUUCAUCACAUAAAACUACCCUUUAUCACACAAUAGAUGAGAAACUUUAAAUAUAUAUAUAUAUAUAAAAGGAAAAAAAAUUAGGCAUGGAGUUUGCCUAUUAGCCAAGCCUCAACUAAAAAAUAUUGCAAACCUUACCACAUAAGCGGUGUGCUUCUUGUUAUUUAUUUGGCAUGAUUUUAAUUUGUAAUGCCUUUUUUUCUUUUCAAUUCAACUUAAUAAAAUGCUCGUUUUAUUGUUUUCUUUGGUUAAUGAGUUUCCAAAUUUUCUAACUAAAAAAUAAAAUAUUUUUAACAAUUUUUUUUAUUAAACAAAUUUUUUUCCGAAGAUUAAAAAAAAAGAGAUUUUUUUUUUUUAUCUCUUAUUCAUGAUGAACCAUAAAAUGUAGGCCUGAUAUACCGAUUCUGAGCCCCUCAGUAGGGCCUUCGUCGCAAGAUUGUGAUUCGUGACACUCAUCUUCAAGACCAAAGAAAAUACGCUCAUUUCCACACUAAUCAUUUUAAUGGACGGAUCUCCCAUAUUCUAGUCAUCAAUGGCUUUGAUCGACGGUCAAUAUUUACACAACGAGCUCUUUAGAAUCACUUCCCCUGAAACUAUUGCCCGGGAGAUUUAUAAAAAUAAUAAUUAAAAAUACAAUAUGCAAUUUAUUACUUUUUCUUUAAAAUAAAAGAAUUAUUUAGAAGUUGCACCCCAAGUUUAGAACUUUCUUCUCAACUGCCUCGUUCAAGAGAGUGAGAUAGAGAGAGAAGAGCGAGAAGAGUUGCUUUGGAUUAGAUAUUGGUGAAAAUCUGUUUUUGUAUUAGAUACUUCCGAAAUUUAAAUAUGUGAUUUUAAAAAUUGAAAUUCGGAACAGAAAAUGUUGAAUUGUGUAUAGAAUUUGGCAUUUUUUACGGAUAGUGAUUAAUGUCGAACUUUAAUUUCAUCAUAACAUCAUCAUCAUCAACACCGUAAUUGUGUCAUGACAAUGCCGCUUCACGUCGCUCGUGAGGCUCCAAAGCUAUGGAGGAAAAUUUGCGCAGAGACAUCUGUAGAGGUUUCGCUUCUUUCCGAGAAUUGGAAGUACCUUCUUGCUGGAAUUUUUUUUCAGUAUUUACAUGGCUUGGCUGCUCAUGGAGUUCACUAUCUGCAUCGCCCUGGACCAACACUUCAGGACACCGGGUUCUUACUUCUUCCGGAGCUUGGUCCAGAGAGAGCUUAUAUGAGUGAGACUCUUUUCUCUGUCAUCUUUUUUUCCUUCAUAUUGUGGACUUUUAAUCCGUUCUUUUUCCAAAGUAAAAGAAUAUAUACAGUCCUCAUUUGGUGCAGGGUUCUAGCUUAUUUAGCUGUUUCUCAAAUUCUACGGAUUAUGACAUUCUAUUCCACUCAACUUCCUGGUCCGAAUUAUCAUUGUAGAGAGGGUUCAAAACUUGCAAGGCUUCCCCCUCCAAAGAGUGCAAUUAAAGUGCUUUUAAUCAACUUUCCUCAUGGGGCUAUAUAUGGCUGUGGUGAUUUGAUAUUUUCAUCACAUAUGAUUUUCACCUUGGUAUUUGUACACACAUAUCAAAAGUUCGGAACAAAGAGAUGGAUUAAGCAGUUUGCUUGGGUACUUGCUGUGAUUCAGAGCCUUCUAAUUAUUGCAUCUCGCAAGCACUACACUGUUGAUGUUGUUGUUGCUUGGUACACGGUAAACCUGGUAGCAUUUUUUGUUGACAACAAAUUGCCAGAGUUGCCUGACCGAUCCAUUGGUUCUACCACUCCACAACUUUUACCAUUGAGCACAAGAGAUAAGGAUUUCAGGAACAAAGAAGAGCAUCAGAGAUUCAUAAAUGGAAAUUCAGCCGAUACUACAGACUGAGUAUGGAAAAUCAGUUAAUAUCUUUAACCAUCAUUUCUAGUUUCACUUGCACUUGAUACUGAAUGUUUUCCAUUAUGUAUAAAUUCCGCUUUCUUCUAGCUAUAGGAACAAAUGAAUCACAAGAUUUCAGAUUAGGAACUUCCACAGAAAAUUGCAGAACAUUGAUUCAACUAGCCAAAGCUGAAGAUAGUUUUGGUGUUACAGUUUUAUAUUUUGUUUUGUUCCUUAAAGUUUGUUUUCAGAGUAAACCUUAAUUGUAUAUUGUGGAAUGUGUAAAACGAAAUUGAAUGCUUUUUUUUUGGGGUGGGGGGGAAUUAAUCUGAAUUAUUACAUGUAUUAUUAGAAGUCACAUGCCAUUUGGUUUAGUUGAUAUCCCCAGUUCCCCACACGUACUGGUUGUACCAUCAUUUUUCUUUGUUAAAAAUAAAAAUGAAGGGGAGACAGAAAGUCUCCAUUUUCAGA